AUGGCAUCGCAGUGUGCGCGUUAUUUUGACAUUUGUGUAUUUGAGGUUGUGUUCGAAAUAAAAACUGUUCAAUUGAUUAUUUCGUUUAAUAUUUAAACCCGUGAGUGUUUUUCCCCAUCAUUAUGUCGUCUCAAAUGAGCACGAAGGAAAAACUCCUUUACAUCCUCGACGAUAUUGAGUUAAUCUCCAAAGAAAUAAUCGAGAAUUCAAUCGCCCCCAAGCACCUCAAGCUUUCCGGCCCUGAAUACGCUCAACUGACCGAGCUUUUGGUGGCCAAAAACACCGAACUGACUGAAACCCUUAAACUGGCCGCUGAACAGGCGCAAAUCGACAAAAAAAUGGACAUCUUGAAGGCCGAAGUGGAGCGUCAGGACAACGACAUUAACAACUUGCAAAAACAGCUCAAAGAGGCCGAGCAAAUCCUGGCCACUGCGAUUUAUCAAGCCAACCAGAAACUCCAGUCCAUUUCCCGCGCAAAUAAACGGCCGGUCUCGUCCGAGGAACUUAUCAAAUUUGCGCACAGGAUUAGCGCGUCUAAUGCGAUAUGUGCCCCCUUGACGUGGCAACAGGGGGACCCGCGCCGGCCGUACCCCACCGAUAUUGAGAUGCGGUUGGGGCUGCUGGGGCGGCUGAUGAGCGAUCCAAUUAACGGGCAUUUGUUGCAACAGCAGAACAGUUUGUCAGAUUUACAUAGACAGGGGCACCCGGGGGAAAUACCCGCCGCGCAACAAAAUCAAUUUGCAUGGCAUCCCUCGGGGGAGAUUCACAUGAGUGUGGGGCAAGGGAGUGUCCCGAUGGACACGCGGAACCAUAAACAGGAGACCGAGGAUGUGGAGGUCAUGUCCACGGACUCCAGCAGCAGUUCCUCAAGCGAUUCUCAGUAGUUUUGUGUUUUUUCCCUGGACUUGAUUCAUCAUAUUUAUAUAAAAAAAUUAAGCGAGUUUGUGUGGAGAGUAUACCAUGAGGGGAAAUAAAAUGAUAAAUCAAUAGAUUGAGGCGGCUAUUUGGGGAAAAAGUCUUGUCUGCUUAUCUCAUCAAUCAACUCUUCGUGACAGUUUAGAUAAGAUCUUUGUUUGCGUCUGACGAAUAUUGUUUUCUUAUGUUUGUUUAUAAUGGAAGGAAAAUAAAACACAUUUCAUUGUAAUA